AUGACACAAAGUAUAUUGAAUGACCCUGUUGCUACGCAGAGCAUUUCGGAGGACACGGUGUGUUGGGCAUCGAAUGAUGCGUACGAACAGGCCCUUGGAAAGCCUGAAUACACGGGGAGGGUUCGACAAGUUGGGCUGAACAUUACUCUUGUACAAGGGACAUCCUAUUCCUACCACACCCGUUCACAGGCAAGUCCAUCCCAAUGUACAUCUCAGAGUUGCUCUGUACACGAGGGUAGGCUUGCCACGAUGGAGAUACUAUUACAGGCUCAGACCGAUAGGAAUGAGGCCUUAGAGCAGCGUAUGAGGCACUUCGAGUCCAUUCUUGCCUCCAUGGGAGCACUACAUACGAGCUCGAUUGCUCAGCACGCUUCACCUCCAAACGAAGGUAGUACAUCGUCCGUAGGUAGUGACUCUGCAGGUAAUGUGAUGACGAUUGGGUCGCUGUCGUCCCAAGGUCCGGUCUCGCCCCUUGGACAGCAAUAUCCGCCAUUGCCACUGGGACAGCACUCUUCCACUCAGACACCCUCUCCUGCUACACUGUCCUUUACACAUCAGUCGCCCGUUGGCGAGUCGAUGCCUGGAAUGGGAAAUUAUGAUCCCCAAAAACGACGACGUGAAGAUUUGUAGAGUUUUUG